AGAAUACAGAUUCAGGAGCCUGAGUUAAUGCGGUCAUGAAAUAAAGUGAAGGAUCUCUGUGACUGAGUGGUCAGAUUGUUGUGGUCAGGUGAGUGGACUGGAGUGUCCUGUACUUGCUGAUCUCCUGCUGGGAUUUUCACACUGCAUGUAGACUAACUCAGUACUGCUUAUAUGGUUGGAGAGCAGAGCAGAAACGCAGACUCUCAUCAUACACAAGCUUCAGUAGGAUGAUGAGCUACAAUUGCAGAUUAGAAAGAACAUCUCCUGGUCAUUUGUCCAGCCUUCAGCUGUCCAGUUUGGCUCAGAGCAAUGAGGUGGUCUUCUGAUGCUGUAGCUCAUGCACCUGUGUGAACGUUACCUGAAGCUCUUGCUUUGGAUCUACAUGAUUGUAUUCAUUGUGCUGCUGCUACAUGAUCGAUGAAUUAAGAUUCAAGAGAUGUAUUGUCAUAUGCACAGUGAAAACACAACGGUUUAGAGCAUACAAUAACAUUCUUACUUUGCACGUCUGCCUUACCAAAGAAUAAAAAUAAUAGAAUAUAUGAAAAAUCCAAUAAAUAAAUAAAAAGAUGUAGUAUAUACAGAUUAAGACACAAGUAAGGUGCUCAGUGUGUUGUGAGUCUUUUUGUCCUUGAUCUCACACUCCUGUAGCGUCUCCCAGACGGCAGAAGUGUGAAGAGGUUGUGUUGUGGGUGUGUAUUGUCACUGAUAAUGUUAUGGGCCCUCCUGAUGACCCUGCUGUUGUAAAUGUCCUGGAGUCAUGGGAUGGCCGCUCCACAGAGGAACUGUGCAGUUUUUAUGACACGCUGGAGAGCUUUCCUGUCCUGAACAGUGCAGCUUCCGUGCCACACUGUGAUUGAGCUGGUGAUCACACUUUGAACUGGACAUCUGUAGAAGUUGCUGAGGAUCUCGGUUGACAUGCCAAAUUUCCUUAGCCUUCUUAAGAAGUACAGUCGCUGCUGAGAUCUUCUCAGAAGCUGCUGUGUGUUGUCAGACCAGAUGAAGUCCUCGCUGAUGUAGGUUCCAAGGAAUUUGAAGGUUUUCACCCUCUCUACCUCUGUCUCACCGAUGUAGAUUGGGGUGUGCUGCUCCUUCCUCCUUCUCCUAGGAUCAAUGAUCAUCUCCUUAGUCUUAUCUGUAUUUAAGGAGAUAUUAUUUUCCUGACACCAGGCUAUCAGACCUGCUACUUCCGUUCUGUAAGAUGUUUCCUCACCACCAGUAAUGAGUCCGAUGACUGUGGUAUUACCCGCAAACUUUAUCAUCUUGGUGUUGGUUUGGGAGGCCAUGCAGUCAUAGGUAAAGAGGGUGGACAGCAGUGGGCUCAGGACACAUCCUUGGGGGGUCCCUGUGCUCACAAUUCUGAUGCCUGAUGUCCAGUUUCCUACUCUGACUGACUGGGGUUUGUCCAUCAGGAAGUUCAGCACCCAGUUACAGAGAGACGGUGAGGAGCUUUUCGGAGAGCCUGUGUGGAAUAACUGUGUUGAAUGCAGAGCUGUAGUCGAUGAAUGACAUUCUCACAUAUUACCCACAUUACCCUCUAAGUGUGUGAGGGCUGUGUGGAUGGCGGUGUUGACAGCAUCUUCAGUGGACCGGUUUUGUAGAUAUGCAAACUGAAAUGGGCCCAAGAUGGUUGGAAUGUUCCUUUUAAUGUGGGACAUGACUAUCCUUUCAAAACAUUUCAUCGCUAUUGGGGUGAGUGCAACAGGACAAUAGUCAAUCAGGCAGGUCACAGUGUUCUUCUUUGGGAAAGGUAUGAUGGUGGUGCACUUGAAGCAGGUGGGCACCAAGGCCUGAGUGAGGGACAGAUUAUAGAUGUCUGUGAAUACAUCAGCCAGUUCAGACGAGCAAAACAUGAGUGCCGGCCCCGGGAUGUUAUCUGGGCCGGCUACCUUCCGUGGGCUUGUUUUCCUCAGAGCCAUGCGCACCUCUGCUGAUGACAUGGUGAGUGGCGUGUCCAGUAUGCCCCCUGAGGCCAGCUGUUGGCCAGUGUUUGAGACCUUGAAGCAAGCAUAAAACUCAUUCAGCUCAUCUGGGAGUGUGAUCAUGGGAGUUGUGUCUCUUUGACCUCUUUACUGGUACUCUGUUAUGUGGUGAAGACCUUGCCACAUGUGCCGUGAGUCUGCAGUGGUGUAAUAUCCCUCCAGCCUCAGACUGUAGUCUCUCUUGGCCUUCCUGAUUGAUUUGAAUAAGUUGUAUCUGGCUUGGCCUUCCUGAUUGAUUUGCAUAAGUUGUAUCUUAUUGUAUUCUCCAAUGUCUCCAGAGACAAAUGUGGUGGAGCGGGCACGAAAACAUGGCCCGCACCUCACAGUUAAUCCAAGGUUUAUCAUUGGGAUAGAUCUUGCAGUGUUUUGGGGGAAUGAUAUUUUCAGUGCAUGUGCUGAUAUAGCUGGUUACAGCUGCAGCAUACUCCUUCAGGUCUACAGUAGAGUCCUCUCUUAGAGCAGCAGUUUUAAACACAGCCCAGGUGACUGCAUAAAUCAGCAGAUACUGUUGCUCCUAAUGAAGUGUAUUAGAUAAUACAAUCAUAUCAUUUAUAAUAUAUCAAUAAUACUGUUAAAAUAACUUUUCUGCAUAAUGACUGUUAGUGAACUCACCAGGACAAAUCUGUGUGUGGAUGAGUGUUAAUAGCUGAUAGAGAGAGAAUAAAGAGAGACUGCUGAGGGAUGAGUGUUUAUACCUGAAGAGAGAGAGAGAAUAAAGAGAUACUGCUAAGGGGAUGAGUGUUUAUAGCUGAUAGAGAGAGAGAAUAAAGAGAGACUGCGGAGGGGAUGAGUGUUUAUAGCUGAUUGUCACUGUGCAUACAAGUCCAGACCACCAGAGGGAUCCCUCGCCCGAAUAUUGACUGUGUACACCUGGUUUCCGGUUUCUAGGGCUUUUAAGCAGCAUGCUCCCUCUAUUGUACGCAAAGUAUCGUUUCUGAGUGUCACGUACCAAGCCUUGAUUACUGCCUGAUUAGUCUUUGAUGUGUAUGAUCCUUGCCUGUUUGCCUUGAUUACGAGUUUCGGUUUCUGUUUCUGUUUUGAUCACUAGUGUUUUGCUUUUCCAGUUUUUGACUCUUUGCUUGCUUACCUGUUUACAAUUCUGCCUGCUGUCUUCAAUAAAUAUCUGCAUAUGGAUUCAGACAUUCACGCUUCCAGUGAGUCCUUACAGGAUACUUUGCCCGACAUGAAUCCAGCGGAUAUGAGAGCUGUUCUGUGGCGCCAGUGCGUCCUCAUCCAGGCUUAUCAGACGGAAGUGGAUACAUGCAAGGGUGCCAACCAACAGCUCCAACAACAGCCGACCAACCAAGCUUCUGCUACCAUGCCAGCGUCAGGUUCACGCAGUGAGUUACCAUGCUUCGCUUUACCGGAGAAGUUUGAUGGCUCUGCCGACCAAUGCCGAGGAUUUCUACGGCAGUGCACCAACUUUUUCCAGCAACAGCCAGAAGCCUACGGCAGCAAAACAACCAGAUGUGCGUUUAUGCUGUCACCUCUCCCCCUCCUCCGCCACCCGUCUUCGAGAUCUCGAUCCGCAACCGCUUCGCUCCUCUCCGCAAGGCAGCACGCGACGCGGUGAUCAUCGGACACGUCCGUGCUACCGCGGCUAAAGGUAAGGUGCACACUCGUUGUUUUCCUGGUGCUCGUGUUGUUGAUGUUGCUGCACAGGUACGGGCGAUCCUCACCAAGAACAUCGGAGCCAUGGUCCUCCAUGCUGGCACAAAUGACAUCAGGCUGAGGCAGACAGAGAUCCUGAAGAAGGACUUCAAGAACCUGGUGGAGAAGGUUCGCACCACAUUGCCCCCGACGAGGAUUAUCGUGUCAGGACCACUUCCCACGUUCCAGCGAGGAAUCGAGAGGCUCUACCAUUACGAUGGCCUUCACCGAAGCAGAGCUGGAGCAGCAGUCCUCUCGGACAACAUACCCAGGGCACUCCACACCAUCUGACUGGCAUACAGAGACUGUGCCGGCUCCAGUGGCAUCUGGAGAUGGACCAGCUCCAGCUGGGUUCUGCUUUGUGAGGAUUGGGAUAUUCAAGCAGAGCCAUGGACAACAACCUCCUUAUUGAUUUACAUAACACUAUACACAUGCUGUGUCUGCAUCACACAAUUGUCACCCAAAUGAGGAUGGGUUCCCUCUUGAGUCUGGUUCCUCUCAAGGUUUCUUCCUCAUACCACCUAAGGGAGUUUUUCCUUGCCGCGGUCGCCUCAGUCACCUCAGGCUUGCUCACUUGGGAUAACAUCUAGGACUGUUUGUCUGUUCAUGUUUGUUGUUUUCUUAUGUCGUUUCUCAUGUAAAGCUGCUUUGAGACAAUGCUCUUUGUUAAAAGCGCUAUACAAAUAAAAUUGAAAAUUGAAAUUGAACUUCUCACGGGUAAAGUGCUGGAUUGGGCAUCGGCUCUCUGGGAUUCAGAUCCCCAGGUAAAAUUGUCUGCUGAUUACUUUGCUAACCAGAUAAGGGAAGUGUUCGAAUACCCCACGGGCGGAAGAGACAUUUCUGUCCAGUUACUGGAGCUGCGCCAAGGCUUGGACUUGGCGGCCGAGUAUGCCAUUAAGUUUCACAUGCUAGCGGCGCAAUCGGGAUGGAAUGAGCCUUCUCUCAUGGCGGUGUUUCGGGAAGGACUUAACAUAGACUUAAAAGUGGAUAUGGCAUGUAGAGAAGUCAACGUUUCACUGUCACAGUAUAUAACCACAGCCAUCCGCCUCGAUAAUCUGCGCCGUCAGCACCGACGCUCCGCUGUGACGUCACGCCGCACGCUCAAACAACACGAGUUUCGUCCGGAUUUUUCUGAACCUAUGCAGCUCGGAAGAGCACGAGUUUCUGCAGAGGAAUGGGAACGGCGCAUGUGGCUCCAGCUAUGUUUUUACUAUGGGAAAACCUGCUGUGUCUUUGUGGAUUGGAUUAUUCCACCAUGAAGCGAUUUCAUUCUUCAUCAUCACCUCUCCAUCGAAUCCCAUCGUUUUGGGGCUUCUCUGGUUACAACGCCAUGACCCACUGAUCUCCUGGAGAGAGGGGGACAUCCAGAAAUGCUCUGCCCACUGUAUUAAGAACUGCUUUUUGUCUCACCCUACACUUCCAUGCAGAUCUACCUCCAUAGAGAGCCCACCCACUGCUGCCAUGACUUCAUUCCCCAGGGAAUACUCUGAUCUCCGAGAGGUGUUCAGCAAGGAAAAAGCUACCAAGUUACCUCAACACAAACCCUGGGAUUGCUCCAUAAAACUCCUCCCCAACGCCAUGCCUCCCAAGAACAAAAUUUAUCCUCUCUCCAUACCUGAAAAACAAGCCAUGGAGGAGUACAUCCAAGAAGCACUUAACGCAGGAUAUAUCUGUCCUUCCACAUCUCCCGCCGCCGCAGGGACCCUGCA